AACCGGAGUUUAACAUCAAUUAUCAAAAGUAAUGUAACUCACCCCUCUUUUCCCAUUCCUCAUCCCGCUAACAACCCAACAGACCAAACCCCCCGUGUAUCAUCAACCACGCUAAAGUACAAGUGCAAAUCAAUAGAAAAUAAAUUAUCAGAUGGCAACUUAAAGGGAGCAACUAGAUUGCUUUUUUCUAGCGAUACUUUGGCGACAUAUUCUCCUGCCGUGCUCAAUGCUCUGCAAGAGAAACAUCCCUCCGCUUCAAUGCCCUCGCCACAGCCCAACUCACCAGCUGCCACUUCCCAACCACUACAAGUAUCGAAAACUGCAAUUUUACAUGCGAUACUCUCCUUUCCAGCUGGGUCAGCAGGCGGACUAGACGGCAUCUCCCCACAACACCUAAAAGAUUUAACUAGCCCGCUUGCGGGAGAUGCCGGCGAGACUUUACUGGAGGAGCUAACCACGCUAACAAAUCUAAUGCUUGCGGGUAAAGUUUGCCAAGACAUCGUCCCAUUACUAUAUGGAGCUAAUCUUGUUGCGCUCAGUAAAAAAGAUGGCGGAAUACGACCAAUUGCAGUUGGAAACACAUUUCGGCGUCUUACAUCCAAAAUUUGUUGCCGUGAAUUUCAUUCUCGCCUAACAAGUAAAUUUAAACCAACCCAGCUGGGCUUUGGGCUUAAAGGAGGUUGUGAAGCGGCAGUGCAUGCGACCCGCUCUUUUUUAUACAGUCCAAAUUUUGAAAUCCUUGUGAAAGUUGACGUUAAAAACGCGUUUAAUUCCAUAGACCGAGGAAUCCUAUUGACCCAAAUUGAAAAUGAUUUACCAGAAAUUUAUGGCUACCUUUGGCAAUGUUACGGGACCACUUCAAAGCUCAUGUAUAAAAAUAACGAAAUACUUUCUUGUGUAGGAUGCCAGCAAGGAGACCCACUAGGGCCCGCAAUCUUCAGCCUAGCCAUUCAUCCCUUCAUCUCUCAGCUCACAUCCGAACUAAAUUUUUGGUAUUUAGACGACGGCACCAUCGGUGGAAUUGGACCCAAGCUACCCUCCCGAUCAAAUAUGGCGGUCUUGGUAUCCGUUUGACGGGCAGUUUAGCUCUCCCAGCCUUUCUGUCGUCUGCCUAUAGCACGAUCACCCUCAUUGGCGGUAUAUUACGUAUCCCUUCAACCGCUAAUGUGUCGGUGUCGUGCCUGGCGGACGCUGAAUCGGCAUGGAGAGCAGACCAUCCCGUCGAGCAGAUACCAGAGGAGAAAGCCAGCCAAGCAGCAUGGGACGCGAUAAGUAUAAAAACGCACCACCAACUUCUACUACAAAACUGCCAUAACGACCACGAACGGGCGAGGCUAUUAGCCGUUUCCGAAAAGGAAUCCGGGCAUUGGCUGCACGCGCUUCCAUCGCGAAACCUUGGCUCGACUCUAGAGCCACCAGCCUUACGCAUCGCUGUUUGCCUCCGCCUGGGCCUAAAGGUAUGCGAGCCCCACGCUUGUAGUAGAUGCGCCCAGCCUGUGGACGCUCUAGGACGGCAUGGCUUACACUGCCAAAUGAGCGCAGGCCGACUAUACAGGCACGCCACAUUAAACGACCUGAUCCGCCGCGCCCUUUGCACCGCCUCCCUACCUGCGACUUUGGAGCCGUCAGGCCUCUCUGCCACCGACGGCAAGAGACCUGAUGGCUGCACUCUUGUGCCUUGGAGCCUUGGCCGCCCUUUAGCGUGGGACGCUACCUGCGUCGAUACGCUAGCCCCGUCCCACGUUGAAGGAUCGGCCCGGAAGCCCGGGACUGCCGCGGACCAGGCCCAGACACUAAAGCGCCGCAAAUAUGCGUUCCUAACGGACCAAUACGAAUUUGCGGCGCUUGCCAUAGAAACACUGGGUCCAUGGUCGAGCGACACAAAGCAAUUUAUGAAGGAAGUGUCGGUCCGACUAAUAGGUGUCUCGGGCGACCACAGGGCGGGCUCCUUCUUUGCCCAAAGAUUGAGCCUGGCGGUGCAAAGGGGCAAUGCUGCUAGCAUCCUAGGGAGUAUUCCAGAAGCGGGUAGCUUUGGGGAGGUAUUUUAUAUUUAGGUUUUAUAAAUAUAUAUAAGUGUAAUAUAAAAAUAUUUCUUAGUUACAUGUUAACAUGUAAACA